AUGACGACUGUGUUGAUGGCAUGUUCUAAGUGGAAGACAACUUGUCAUGACUCAGCCAAUAACAGUGGGUUUGUGGCUGGCAACAUGUACGGGCUGCAGGCUCUACUAUCCUACGUGAAUGUGGAUCCACGCUAUCUUCAUACUGCCCAUACAACCCAUGGAGGCCUCACUGAAGCAGAAGCGCAGUACAUCAAACACCGCAGCUCUCUACUACAGGACGAGUUUGGUGACAGAGGGGAGUGAGAGUAUGUAGACACUUCUCUUGUUUUAAACUCGAGAAUAAAAAAUGCUUAUAUAGCAUUACAAGAUUGGAAAGAAGCUAUCCUCUGAUCCUUACAUUUAACUGCAGAUUGGGUUGAUUCUGAUGUCUGCAACUACACUGCAGUUUACUGUGCCCGUGCUGAUAAUAAGACCAUCCGAACUGUUGCUGGCAUUGAUCUUAACCAUGGUGAUAUCGCUUGGUAUUCUGAAGAGUUAGGUCUUCUUUUGAUCUUGCAUUGUUUCACCUCAACUCCAAAGUUUUGCGGUACUGUUCCUCACAAGUUUCAAAACCUCAAAUUACCGUAUGAGCUGGUAGCAACAACAGGUUUUGCCGGUAAGUUCCCAAAUGUAGUUCUCAAGCUGCCUCAACUCAAGUUCUGGAUCAGAUUCAACGAAUUUGAAGGCACUGUACCUAAGGAGCUUUUUGACAAAGAUUUAGAUGUUCUUAUCAACAGCAAUCGUUUCAGAUUUGAAUCCCGGACAAUUCGGAACUCCCCAGUUUCAGUAAUCGCGGCCAACAACAAAUUCCACGGCUGUGUGCCUUCAAGUCUUGGUAACAUGUCGAGACUGAAUGAAACUAUGAAUAAUGGGUUAAGGUCUUGUUGCCACAGGAGAUAGGGAUGCUCAAGAAUUGACGGUUUUUGAGUGAGUUAUAAUGUUAUGGGUCCUUUGCCAAACACAAUUGGAGGAAAGUUGAGUCUGAGCAAUCAAUGGGGCCACAAAUUGCUUGGAAGCAUUCCAAAAGCAUUGUCAGUUGCCAAAUUUGAGAACUUUACCUUCUCUUACAAUUUCACCGGAGAACCGCCGGUUUGCUUGAGUUUACAGUCGUUUGAUGAUAGAAAAUGCUUACCGUCUAGGCCGGUACAGAGGUCGGCAGCGCAAUGUAAGUCGUUCUUGUCUAAACGUGUGGAUUGUUCUUCGUUUAGAGUAAACCUUUUGUUUCCUUCUUGCCACCUCACCUCCCCCUUCACCACAAGCCGGUUUCCUUCUCCCUGUUGUGGUCCCUCACCUCCACCCCCAGUUUCCUCACCACCCACCACACCACCUUCGUCACUCCACCCCAGUUUACCUCUCCCACCACCACCACCACCACCUCCUCCCCCAGUUUACUCAACACCACCACCACUCCACUCUUUCGCCCCAACACAGUUUACCUUCCACCCCGCAGCCUCCUUACACCUACCCACCCCGCCAGUUUAUUCACCACCGCUCCUCCUCACUCCACCACCAGUUUACUCACCGCCACCACCACCUCCUCCACCAGUUUACUCAUACACUCCUCCUCCGCCACCAUCACUGCCCCCAUGUGUCCGUUCACCACCACCAGCCUCCACCAAAUUACCUCCACCUCCAGUAUUCUCUCCACCACCACCACCCUUAUAUUAUAGCUCACCACCUCCGCACAACACUCACCCUCUCCCACCACACUCAACCGCACCACCACCACAUUCAACCCCACCCUGUUUUUCCAUACUUACACCUCCACCUCCUCCACCCUCACCAGUCCAUUCACCGCCACAACCAUCUCCACAACCUUGUAUAGAACCACCUCCACCCCACCACCCCCAUGUGCUGAAUAUUCACCACCGCCCGCCGCCACCAUCGCCAACGCCGCCACACACAAUUCAUUACAAGCGCACCACCAUCACCAUCUCCACCACACCACCUGUAGUCUAGCUUCACCACCUCCACCAGUUCACUACAGUUCACCACCCCCACCGCCAGUUCACUACAGUUUCACCUCCACCACCGGU